GCCAACUCCUGCUCUGAAAUGUUCAGAUUUUACUAAAAAGAGUUGUGAAGAAUGUAUAAAAAAUACUACAUGUCUUUGGUGCAGUGAAAAUUCCACUUGUAUGGAUUAUCCUGUAAGCAAACUCAUGCCACCAUCAUCAUUGUGUUUACUUACAAAGUCUUACUGGGCAAUAUGUUGGGUCAGUUUGGAAGCCAUCAUCAUCACCAUAGGUGUUGUAGCAAGCAUCCUUCUGCUGGUCAUAAUUUGCUGCUGCUGUUAUUGCUGCCGUAAAUGUCGCCAGCGUUCUGGAAGGAGAGUAACAGAAGAAGAAGAAAGGUUUAUUAGAGAUCAGGAAGAAAAACGAAUGCAGUCCCUUCAGCGGAGACAUGAAAGAAAAGUGAAAUAUGAUGAGAUACGCAAGAAAUAUGGUCUCCUCCAGGAUUCUGACCACCCUUACAGCAGAUAUGAGAAUGAAUGAAAAAUAACACUACUGCCUUAAAGAAAACAAAAUGUUAAUCAUCAAAUUUGUACAUAAAUGUUCAGUAGAACAUAAUGUUUCUUUUGCCUUUUUUCUCCUCCUUUUGGAAACAGCAUUCUUAUAUUUGCAUCUAAUGGUUCUAGUUUAAAAUGCCUCAGGGUUUUUUUUCCCCUACAGAUUUUUUUUAGAGGAGUGCAAGUUGAGGUACAGAAACAGUUUACUUUUGCUUAAACACCACAGACUUUAUGAAACAACGAUACCGUCAUCUUUUCCAUGUUGCUAAAUAAAGAGGCUCUUUAAAUCUGUGUCAAGUAAGUGUUGGCAAGUAUUUGACACUGCAGAGGUGAGGUAGCACAUAAUCAUAGCUUAUACCAUCUUCCUGACUGUUAAUAGAAUACAAAGGGUGUAAGUGAAAGAAACUGACACUAGGCAGUGGCCUUAACUGAAUGAGUGUGAUCUGGUGCUCCUGGCUAGCCAGCACCCUCAGCACCAUCUUGAGUCCUUGAAUAUGUCCUCUUAAUGUCUACAGCCUGCCACUGUCUCAUGCUAAGUGCUUUUUCCACUUUUCUUUAAACAUUUCAGUUACAUUGGAUUGUCUGUACAGAUCCUGAUCCAUAGUACUUAAGGAGACAUGGUUGAAAUGUGUAUCUGUAGUAUGAACACUUGACUUUAAAAAAGAUGGCAAAAAUCUGCAGUAUUGUAACAAAAACCUGUUAGCUAUAUAAGCAUGUGUUUGAGCUUUUCAUUGCUAUUUCUGUACAUUCCUAGAUUUAUGUUGAAAAGUUCUUGAUUCAUUCCUCAAGCAAUUACCCAUUUAUUCACUUUUUCUAAUAAUGUAUAAGAUUCUUUUGUAUAUAUUUCUCUGUAUGUAUAUCAUCAUUCCUAACAUUUACCGAAGUGGAUAGUUGCAAUAUAUUGUUAUAAUCAAAAUAGAGCCACUCAGUAGUCGCUAUUAACUAGGACUGUACAGCGCUUCAUACUUGAGAAAAAGGUGCUUUGGGGCUCAUGGAGGUUCUUGCUCAGAGCUCCUCAGACCAGCUGUGUCUUUUGUUGGGAUCAUGCAGCAACCCUCCACGGCUGCAUGAGGAUUCCAGGAUGGAUCUUUUUGCUCUAAAGAAAAGUUAAGGUAGGUGUGACAUACGCAUCCAUGUGCACUCCAAAGUGCAUUUUUCCUUUCACAUCCAAAGCACAGCAUAACCUUACUACUAACAUAUUCCAGUAGUUCGAACUACUUUAAGAAGCAGGGAAGAAAGAUGGUCUAACAAGGACAGGUUGCUUCAUAGUGAAUAUUGCAUGGCAAUUUGAAAAAGAAAAAUGGCAGGGAAGUGGAGUGGAUUCAAUAGAAUAGUUUCUCUUUCAGGAGAGUAUGCUAUAACAUUUUACUGUAGGUACCAUUGUUCCUCUGUAUUUAACAAGCCUAUAUACUUCGUUGUGUUAUGCAGCAAAGGUUCUCUAAGUAAAUCUGAAAACUAGGGCUUAGUUUUUGCAUCCUUAGUAGUCAGAAUCCUAUAUUCAUUAUGGAGAGGUAAUUUUCAGGAAUACCUCAUCACAGUUUUCCCAUCUCAAAUUUGCCUUGCACAGUUGAUAGACUUUCAGAAAUAGUGUGAAAAAUAGCAUGUUAAGCUAAAGGAAGGGCAGUCUUGUUCCGUUGAUAGAAGCCUUCACCAAAUCAAAUACAGUACAAGGCCAUCAGUGAGACAUUAUCCAUUAAUUGUAUAUUUCCACAUUGAUGCAACAGCCUCUUAAGCUAGAGCAACAGACCAUUACUGGUUUAUCAGUUUUUUGAAAAAGUUCAAGUAGAAACAACCCAACUGUGGUUUGCAAACCCAUUUCAAACAACGUUGGUUGGUUGGUUUAUCUUUAAGCUCAUGUAAACCAGGCAGUUUUUUUGUGAUUCACGAUUUGUGAGAACAUACCACUUUGGAUACUAUUUCUGUAGCGAGUUCUCACUGGAGAUACCUUGUGAAUAUGGAAGCUGAAUAUGCUGUGGAAAGUUUUUUUUUUUUUUUGUAUUUGAUCUGUACAGUUAAUUAGACUGCUAGCAACUUGUCUUAGGUAUCUAAUGGAUGGGCAUUUACUUGAGCCUAUUUUGUGAAUGAUUACUGUGAAGAAGUAAUUGCACCUUCUGCUUUUCAUUUCCAUUUUAGCCUUGCUGUUUAAUAUUCCCCCUUCCGUGGACAACCAUCAGUAUAGAUUUAUAUCAGGAUAAUUGUGCAUCCAGCAUGGAUGGCAGACCAUGGAAACUUUGCCUCAAUAAAUUUGGUAGAUUUCAAGAUGCCAUAAAGCUUCAGUUUUUGUACCUAGAUGUGAUAGUAUCACAUGUACAGCUAGAGGUUAUCUUUUCAUUGUUUUCUAUUUCACAUGAAUACUGCAUUGGUUUAAAAAAAUCUCUUAAUAUGUUGUAUUUGAUUUUAAUUGGUUGUUUUCAUGUUUUACCUUGUAUAAUUUUGUAGUUUAUAUUUUGUUAUGUGUGGAAAGGUAGAUUAUCAAUAUAAUAAACAACAAAUUAAGGGUG